AGUUAAAGGCAUCAUCGCAGCCAUUAGAGGGAAAAGUUGCGGCGCGGCGAGCCCGGUGAAGUCCUCCAGCCCGCCCCCCUUGCCCACUCCCCACUUCCCGAGCUGGCUCGGCGUUUAGGGAGGGCAGUGAUCACGCAAGCCGGAGCAGCGGGCUGACGUUGGACGAGCUGCCAGGUAGCUGAAAGCAGGCAGCGAAGCAGCGGAGGCACUUCCCCGCGUUGCAAGCCCGAGUGUGGACUCGAAGCCUCUCCGAAUCCGAGCCAGCUGGUUUUAACCUUCGCGAAUUGCACUCCCCUCUCCCCAAAGCCAGUCCUCGCGGAGUGAGCUCCAGGAUGUUUGCAGGGUCGCGCGCAGGGCUCUGAGACUGAGCCUCUGAUACGUUUGCAUUCCUAUCUUUUUGGGCUUUUUGGCUGUUGGCUACACUGAUGUGACCCCCCCCUUUUUUGGAAUGAUGGGGGUCUUUUCGGCAUAUGUUGGAUUUGUUUUCUUUUCCGUUUUAUAUGUUCAACAAGGGCUGUCUUCUCAAGCAAAAUUUACCGAGUUUCCGCGGAACGUGACGGCGACCGAGGGGCAGAACGUGGAGAUGUCUUGCGCUUUCCAAAGUGGCUCUGCCUCGGUGUAUCUGGAGAUCCAGUGGUGGUUCCUGCGAGGGCCCGAGGACUUGGAGCCCGGGGCCGAGGUGGCUGGUGCGCAGGUGGAGCUGGUGCCCGACCGAGACCCGGACAACGACGGGACCAAGAUCAGUACAGUGAAAGUCCAAGGCAAUGACAUCUCUCACAAGCUUCAGAUUUCCAAAGUAAGGAAAAAGGAUGAAGGCUUAUAUGAAUGCAGGGUGACCGAUGCCAAUUACGGAGAGCUACAGGAACACAAAGCCCAGGCCUACCUGAAAGUCAAUGCCAACACCCAUGCCAGGAGGAUGCAGGCCUUCGAAGCCUCGCCCAUGUGGCUGCAAGAUAUGAAGCCUCGCAAGAAUGUCUCAGUGGCUAUUCCCAGCAGCAUCCACAGCUCUGCCAACCAGCGAAUGCACUCCACCUCCAGCCCUCAAGGGGUAGCCAAAAUCCCCAAACAAAGUCCACAAUCAGCAAAGAGCAAAUCGCCUGUAAAAUCUACGGAGCGGACAGCAAAGUUGACCCUAAACUCCAAGCACCACUCUGCACCCACUGUUCUCUAA